AUGUCCCACCUGCAAUAUUUCUCUUACAAGGGUCUCGGCGAGCGACAACGCCAGAAGUUCAGAUAUAGCCAAGCCGUGCGGAUUGGGGACCGGAUUGAGUGUGCAGGCCAAGGCGGCUGGGACCGUGAAACAGGCGUGUUCUACAAGGAAAUCAAUGCACAAAUCGAUCAAGCAUUCGCCAACGUCGAACAUAACCUCCAAGAUGCCGGUGGAGAGGGCUGGAACCAGGUUUUCCGCGUUAAUUCCUAUCAUGUGCCCAUCAAUGAUGAAGCUUUAGCGGCUAUGGUACGAAACUUUGAGAAGUACAUGCCCGGGCAUCAGCCUAUUUGGACUUGCGUUGGGGUUUCUCGUCUUGGGGAAGAUGAUAUGCGAGUUGAGAUUGAAGUUGUGGCUCAUGUACCUAAUUAA